AUGAAGCGCUCACGAGAGCCCGAAGAAUUUCUAGACUCCAAUUUCCAAGACGGGGAUGCAGAGCGGUUUGAAUUUCGAGACUCGAGCAUACCCACCGCCAAGAUAUCACAACUUGACAUUGCAGUCCAAGACGAAGACGACGACACACCCACAAUGAAAUGCUCGCUGCCUCCUCACAAAGAACCAAUUCCUUUCAGGUCAUACCAGGAAUACGAAUCACACUAUAGUAUGUUUCACACAAAUCGAUGUCUCGAAUGCCGCAAGAACUUCCCGUCAGAACACUUGCUUGGAGUACACCUUGAGGAAUAUCACGACCCUCUUAUUAGAGUUCGAAGAGACAAGGGUGAACACACUUUCUCCUGCUUCGUAGAGGGAUGUGAACGCAAGUGUCUCACUCAUCAAAAACGCAGGCUGCACAUGAUCGACAAGCACAUGUAUCCGAAGAACUUCUUCUUCGGCGUCACCAAGGAAGGUAUUGACGGAAGACGUUCACUCCUGGUCGAGGGUGAUCACCAUCGACGGAGAUCAUCAACAGCCUCGAUAUCACAGGAAUCACCGCGCAGGGCAGGCAUAAUCGAAGAGCAAGAGGCCGGAUCAAAGCGUGACGGCAAAAACAACAAACCACUAUUCUCAGAUACUGUCAAGGAAACGCCAUCCAAAGGGCAAAAUGUGGAUGCAGACAUGGCAGAUCUCACAGGGGCCAUGUCCGCGCUACAGUUUGUCCCUCCCAGCAUUCGAUUCGGCCGUGGUGGCCGAGCAGGGUUCUCAAAAUCAUGA